UGGCAUGCCGUCGCAUGAUCGUGGCGAAAAUGGUGUCUGGUGCGAAGAGCAGGGUCACAGAGCCGAAGUUUUUAAACAGAAAAACAAAGAACAUAAACAUGGCAAGCAUCGGACGAAAGGAGAAAUCGAACGGGAGAACAAGGGUAAGUUCGUGACGCAGGGAUGUGGUCCUUUCUGUCGCUGGUUGUAGCCAUAGACAUGCUGCUGCUGUGCUGCAGAACACUUGCUUCAAAUUCUGUUUCGAAAGUAACGUUAGCUGUGGUAAACUAAUAUCAUCAGAUGUGGGAACUCCAUACCUUCAGUGGCGGUUUUAGCAUGUAAAUCUUGUUGGGGCAAACACAAAAACAUUUUUUGGGGAUACAUGCCAGCAAAGCCACUACACAACACUAAACAUACAUUAAUUGCACUAUGUAUUGUUUAGUGUUGUGUAGUGGCUUUGCUGCCCACAAACUGUUAGGGCCUACAUAAAGCUGUCCCAACACCUUACCACUGCUACACCUGGCAGCGAAACAGUUCAUUCAGCCUCAUUUACUGGCUUUAAAAAAACAUAGCUGAAUUGGCUGACUUGCUUAAACAAAUGUUGUUUCUUCUGACAAUUGAGAUGUACAAACUAUGGCAUAAGAGGACGACGAGCAGAUAAGAGGCAAUCCGUAAUUUCGAUUAAGGCAUUAAUGAGCGAGCUAGCACGGACGUGGUCAAUAUAACUAUUUGUCCAGCGACAUAAUUCCGAACAUGGGCCGUUCUUACAGUAUUCUCCCUGUACACCAAGUCAGAACCGUAGGAUAAAUAAAGGGGGCAUAUAAGCAGACAAUGAAAGCGCUUACAAUAUUCAAUUAUUACAUUUCUCUAAAACAGGCUAUAGGCUACAUGUGCACAACCAAGUCAGAACAGUAGGCGAAAUUAUGAGGACAAAAUGGACCCAAUUAUUAGGUUGAGGCACAUGGGCUACUAACAUCUUACUACACAACAUACACCUAGUAUUACUUCCUUAGCUACAGUAUACAUAUCUCCCUGGCAUAUUACAUAAUUUAUGCUGCAGCAUACAAGACACUUUUGGACUCACCUUAUUGUGCUGUGCUUACUUACAUUUACAUUUUAGUCAUUUAGCAGACGCUCUUAUCCAGAGCGACUUACAGUUUGUGAGUGCAUACAUUUUCAUACUUGAACAGGAAGGUGUCGCGGCGGUCCUUCUUGGGCCAACUUUGUCAUUAAAGUCUGGUCUUCUUCUAUGGUGUUUGCAACAAUUUGAUGUACAUUCCGCCACCUACUGUGCGGGUGAAUAAUAAGGAUCCCAAAAAAGGAAAUAAUGUGGGUAAAAAAUAAAUCAAAUACCAUACAAACUAUCAGAAAAUAAAUUAACUAAACAGGUCCCUACACAGGCUCAAAAGACUCCUGUGAGGGUGGGACAUUUCCUAUUGACAAUAGUCCUUGCAGUGCUUCUGCCGUGAAGUCUUGGAGCCCCAAAAACAUAUCGGCUGCAGAUAUAAUGAUGUCCAGCUUCUUGGACUUCUUAGACACUUUUGCUGUACAAUUAAUCACUGUGGCAAUAAAUGCCCCAAAAUCCACUUUCUUCACAAUGUGUAUCCAGAUAAUAAUAAUAAUAGUAAUAAUAAUAUGCCAUUUAGCAGACGCUUUUAUCCAAAGCGACUUACAGUCAUCACUCGAUUGACUUAAAACGCUAGCAACUGGUUGCAUUGCAUCCACCUCCAUAUCUUCAACACUGUUGCCUCUUGCCCCUUCGACUCUCUUCACCACCUCCACAUAGGAAAUCUGCUGCACAGCCCUGAUCCUUGACACCUCAACCUCCUUCACCCUAACAGGGCACUUAAGGAAGUCCGGAGUAUGAUUCCCACCACAGUUGCAACAUUUUCCAUUGACAGGUUCUUCAAUACUAUACUUCUCCCAUCUGCAAACAUUUGACACGUGACCAUAUCCUUUACAAUUCCCACACUGUAAUGGUUUGGACACAAAUGCUCUCAACGCAUACCUCACAUAUCCAAGCAUCACAUAUUCAGGUAGAGUCUCCUCAAACAACAAUAAUAUCGAUAGGCUUUUCUCCUUCCUUCCAUUUACCGUACGGGUCAGGCGAUGUGCACUGACCACUCCUGGAAUUUUCUAAGGUACUCGUCAUCUAUAUCCAACGAGACUCCAGCUAUAACUCAUUUGAAAGGGGCCCUGCUCCGAAGAUACAUGUUACUUCUGACGUGGACAAUUUUGCCAGAUCUAGUGCACACUUCUUCUGUUCUUCAUCAACACAAUUAACCAAAACAAGGCUGCUUCUAGUCACCUUGAUUGAAUCCACCUUUCCCACUGCUUUCUUCACAGUCCUCAAUAUUACUAACGGAUUUCCCAAAUGAAUCUCCUUGUCCAAAAAACGCAGUCCAAUAAGAAAUGUAUUAUGGGACCGGUCCUUGUCUUCUACUACAACUUUUGCUCAUUUUGUUCCAUUCUUUGAUUUCACUAUGUUCCAUUCAUUAUCACACACUUCACUUGCCGCACUUUCAGAUUCAAGCACAGUCCCCAUUUCAUCCGGGCUCCGAGACCAACCUUUGCCUCUCCUCCAAGUCUGGCAUUCUCUGGAUUUAUGGUGCUUUCAAGACAACUUGGAACUCGGGGGGGGGGAGACAGACAAUGUCGAAUCAUGACAACAUCAGUGAUCUUCAGGUCGGAGCUCUAGAACGAGGCCCGAGUUCCCAACUUGCAAUUCCGAGUUGGAUGACCGUUCAAAACGUAUUUUCCCAGUCGAAGCUCAUUUUAUUCCAGAGUUCCCUGUUCCAGAGUUCCAGUUGUUUUGAGCGCGGCAGAAGUCACGCUGGAUUGACAGCAUGGCCAAUGUUGAACGUUUAUCCUUUUAAGCUUGGAAAAGAGACCCUUAAACCCAGACUUGGACCACACACCCUCUCCACUGAAUAGCAGGCUAGUGAUCGCUUUGCAAUGCUUGCAGUUAGCCACUGAUUCCUUCCAAACAACUCAUUGUUGAAUUUGCGAUUUCCAAAUUGUUGUGUAAUGUUUAUGUCCAAUGAGCACCGAUACGUUUUAUCUAUAAUUUGUCUUCAAGGGUGGCUUCAAGGGUGGCUAUUUGAAUAUAUUUAGACUUGUUUAAAAAAAAUUUGGUUACUACAUGAUUCCAUAUGUGUUAUUUCAUAGUUCUGAUGUCUUCACUAUUAUUCUACAAUGUAAAAAUAAAGAAAAACCCUUGAAUGAGUGGUGUGUCCAAACUUUUGACUGGUAGUGUAGGUACAAGGUAGGCAUUUCAUAUUAUUGACCUUGGGCAAGUCCAUGUAGUAGGAGCUAGAUUCCACAAAGCCUGGUCUCUGCUCCACACCUUUGGUGGAUCAUCAGAAACCUCCUUCACCAUGGACAGGAGUUUAGUCCUCUACCCUUACAUCAACUGUAAGUGUUUAUCUGUUAGUGCACAUGUUGGUAGCCAUGCCCUUUUCAUUUGUUUCCAUCCUGAUCUGUCAUUUACCUUUGAAUGAUGUCAUCUCCAACAGGUAGAGUGUCGGUGACGGCUCUUACCAAGAAACAGAGGCAAGAGGCGAGAAAGCUGGACAAAAGACACAAAGCCAACCAGCUGCGGCAAAAUAAGAAGGACCUGGUAAGAUGCUCUUGCAUUUGACACAAUGUCACUUUGGAACCACUGUGGUAUGAAUCAGACAAGUUAAAGGUAGAGUCAGCGUUAUGACAUUACAACAAGCAGCACCGCAGAUAUUCAGAUGAAAGCGAUGCAAGACUUUGCAGUCACACAGAGUAUCUGCUACAACGUGGUAGCUACGGGCCCAAAACAGAGGAGAAGUUUAGCAUUGAUGCACUCUUAGUUGUUGCGGAAAUCAGCACGAUAUUACUAUUACUUUGUACAUUGCUGAGUCUACCUUUAAUGCUACGUGUCUGUCCUGUCCAGGUCCUGGCAGAGAAACGUAGUCUGGGCAGCAGGGAUGGUCCCCCCCACCUGGUGGCUGUGGUGGCCCUCCAUGCAGGUGUGAAUGCUGAGGCUGUGACCAGGCUGCUGAGGCUGUGACCAGGCUGCUGCGGUGUGAGGAGGCUGGCGGGCUGGUGCGUGAGGAGAAGAGUGUGUGUGGGGUCAGUGACAGCUUUGGCCUGGUCAUGCCCCGCUUCAAACAGAGGUUCACCUUCCUCUGCCCAGACACAGGUAGCUCACCGACUUGGCUACUACAAUGUGUUUAUGUUGUCAACACUAAAGUUUUAUAUAGAUACUGAUUUAUAGUUUAUGUAAAUGCAAGUAUAAUCCAUGUCUGGCUGUACUGAAUGUUUAUAAGGGGCAUUCUGAGUCAUUCAUUUACAUUUGAGUCAUUUAGCAGAUGCUCUUAUACAGAGCGACUUAAGGCGUCCGCAUGCUUCCCAUCCGAAACAGUUUGGAAGUGUUUGUGCAUAUAUUAAAUAAAAUCAAAUUUUAUUUGUCACAUGUGCCGAAUACAACAGUGAAUACUUACAGUGAAAUGUUUACUAUGACAACAUUUUGUGACGUUUGUUAGUUUUGGACUUCGGUGAGGGGUUUUUCGGCUGUUCGGGGCCAAGACGAAGUUCGGAGCCGAAGUCUACGCUCUUUCGUUGGUGAUUGGUCAACAGUAGAGAUUCUUCUAUAAACUCUUUGUUGUCAUUCAACGAGAGACGACUCACUAUCAUGCAAAUUUUUUCAUUGAGAAAUACUGCACCAAACAUCUUAGUUAGAUGUGAAAUUGCACGACUAAGAUCUCUUCUGCAAAAACGUCAAUUAAUUACAGAUUUCUUAGAUAAAUUUGGACUAUUUUGAGGAAGUGUAUACUGGCUACGGCGUCUCAAAAUGGACAAACAGUACUAUUGCUGUCAUUUUUUUUAAAAAGGGGAGUAUGCGAGCACACUCGUUCGGUUCGGCUAGCCGAGUUUGGCUAGGCACCAGCCGAACUGAAGCAUGCUGACUCCUUUACAGGAGCAAUUAGGGUUGUGCCUUGCUCAAGGGCACGUCAACAGAUUUUUCACCUAGUCGUCUCAGGGAUUCGAACCAGCUACCUUUCGGUUACUGGCCUAACGCUCUAGGUUUCGUCCUAGGUUUCUGCCUUUCUAGGGAGUUUUUCCUAGCCACUGUGCUUCUAUAUCUGCAUUGCUUGCUGUUUGGGGUUUUAGGCUGGGGUUCUGUAUAGCACUUUGUGACAUCUGCUGAUGUAAAAAGGGCUUUAUAAAUACAUUUGAUUAAUUGAUUGAUCUUAACCGUUAGGCUACCUGCUGUCAUUCGAUGCCGACACUAGUACUAAUCCGAUAACAUUACCUGUGACUCUAUUCCCUCCCUCUCCCUUCACUCUCUAGCUGACAUGCACACUCUACUAGACGUGGUGAAGGUAGCAGACAGUCUGGUGUUUGUGCUGGACUCUACAGAAGGCUGGGACAGCUAUGGAGACUACUGCCUCUCCUGUCUCUUUGCACAGGGGCUGCCCACCCAUGGUGAGCUUCCAUACAAGCUAUCCAAAAAAGACGCUCACAGUGCACUGGAUUUUGUUCAACUCCCCUUGCUGAUUAUCUAAAUGUUUAGCAGAUGACAUACUGUAGAUAUUAUACAUGUUAUACUGAUUCCUUUACUCCAAAUCUCAACUACCCCACCACUUAUUUUCUCUGCAUCCACUGUCAUCUCUCUCCUAUAUAACCUCCACUUCUCUCUCCUGUCAUCUCUAUCCUAUAUAACCUUCACUUCUCUCUCCUGUCAGCUCUAUCCUAUAUAACCUUCACUUCUCUCUCCUGUCAGCUCUAUCCUAUAUAACCUCCACUUCUCUCUCCUGUCAGCUCUAUCCUAUAUAACCUUCACUUCUCUCUCCUGUCAUCUCUAUCCUAUAUAACCUCCACUUCUCUCUCCUGUCAGCUCUAUCCUAUAUAACCUCCACUUCUCUCUCCUGUCAUCUCUAUCCUAUAUAACCUCCACUUCUCUCUCCUGUCAUCUCUAUCCUAUAUAACCUCCACUUCUCUCUCCUGUCAUCUCUAUCCUAUAUAACCUCCACUUCUCUCGCCUGUCAUCUCUAUCCUAUAUAACCUCCACUUCUCUCUCCCCCAGCUCUGGUGUGUCAGGGUGUUUCAGACCUGGCAGUGAAGAAGCGUGUGGACUCACGGUGGGCGCUGGCCAAGAUAUCCGAAAUCCGCUUCCCCGGGGCACGCCUCUUCCCCCUGGACUCAGACCAGGACGCCACACUGAUGCUCAGACACCUGUGAGCACAGAGGCAGAGGAGGCUGGGCUUCCGCUCCCGUCGGCCCCACCUCCUGGCCCAGCAGGUCUCCUACACUCCCAACAGCUCUGAGAUGGGGAGUGGGGGAGCCCCCAUGGGCCUGGGGACCCUGCGUGUGUCUGGGUAUGUCCGAGGCUGCCCUCUGCAGGUGGACAGGCUGGUGCACAUCUCUGGGUUUGGAGACUUCCAGCUCAGUCAGAUCGAUGCGCCCAUAGACCCCCUUCCCCUCAACUCUAUGACCGCUCGUCCUGCUAAGCCAGGGAAGGAAGGAGACGUAGGCAUGCAGGUGGGUCUCUCUCUCUCUCUCUCUCUCUCUCUCUCUCUCUCUCUCUCCUAGGGAUCAGGUCCUCCAGGAGGGGAGAGAAAUGGGAGAAUUAGAGGGAGCAUACUUAAGUUCACACAGGACACCAGAUAGGCCAGAAUGACCCAAGCCCUCCGGCACAUAGACUAUUGCAGCAUAGAUACUGGAGGCUGAGACUGGGGGGGUCGGGGGACACUGUGGCCCUGUCCGACGAUACCACCGGACAGGGCCAACCAGGCAGGAUAUAACCGCACCCACUUUGCCAAAGCACAGCCCCCACACUUCUAGAGGGAUAUCAACAGACCACCAACUUACUACCCUGAGACGAGGCUGAGUAUAGCCCACAAAUAUUUAUAGCCCGGGGGGCGCAAAAACCGGACAGGAAGAUCACGUCAGUGACUCAACCCACUCAAGUUGAGUAUAGCGACGUAGCUACCACGUUGCACGACAGGGACGGCAUGGAAGAGCACUAGUAAGCCAGUGACUCAGCCCCCGUAAUAGGGUUAGAGGCAGAGAAUCCCAGUGGAGAGAGGGGAGCCGUCCAGGCAGAGACAGCAAGGGCGGUUCAUCACUCCAGUGCCUUGCCAUUCACCUUCGCACCCCUAGGCCAGACUACACUCAAUCACAGGACCUACUAAAGAGAUGAGUCUUCAGUAAAGACUUAAAGGUCGAGACCGAGUCUGCGUCUCUCACAUGGAUAGGCAGACCAUUCCAUAAAAAUGGAGCUCUAUAGGAGAAAGCCUCCAGCUGUUUGUUUAGAAAUUCUAGGGACAAUAAGGAGGCCUGCGUCUUGUGACCGUAGCGUACGUGUAGGUAUGUACCAAAUCGGAGAAAUAGGUAGGAGCAAGUCCAUGUAAUGCUAAGUAGGUUAGCAGUAAAACCGUGAAAUCAGCCCUAGCCUUAACAGGAAGCUAGUAAUAGCACUGGAGUAAUAUGAUCAACUUUUUUGGUUCUAGUCAAGAUUCUAGCAGCCGUAUUUAGCACUAACUGAAGUUUAUUUAUCCGGUUAGCCUGAGAGUAUAGCAUUGCAGUAGUCUAAUCUAGAAGUGACAAGCAUGGAUGAGCUUUUCUGCAUCGUUUUUGGGCAAAACGUUUCUGAUUUUUGCAAUGUUACGAAGAUGGUCACAGCUUAUCACAGGCUGAUAUCAUUACAUAGAAAAUUGACAGUGAUUUAAUGAAUAAUUUACAAACUAUAGUGAAGACAUUUAUCAGCGCUGCUUCUGCUCGUUGACAGUAGGUGCUAACUGCUCUCUAAGCGUUUCAGGAUGGUGGUGUUGAUGAGGUGGCAUCAGUGCGGGUGCUGAUGAAGGCAGACCCAGCUCGCAGGGAGAGUCUGCAGGCCGAGGCAGAGGUAGACCCCAUGGAUGGAGAGCAGACCUGGUCCUCUGAUACUGAACUGCUGGAGGCUGAAGGUAAAGGGAGAGAGUGGACAGAGUUAUAGGGUCAUUACAUUGAAUUACAUGAUAGCUGUAUGGUCGCAGUGCUGUUGUUGGCAUCCAUUGUAUGGGUACUUUGAACCAGUUCAUGUCGACACUGAGUUUAUUAUUCUCUCUGGGUUUACAAUGUAAUGAACUUGUCUCUAAUAAAUGUUUCUCCUUCCCUCAGAGGCCAGAAAGAGCAAGCGUGUUAUGAAGGUGCCUAAGGGGACAUCAGACUACCAGGCCACGUGGAUUGUGGAUGAGGAGGAUGAAGUGAGCACUGACGAUGAGGAGGAUGAUGCGAUGAUGGACGAGUCCAUAGAUGGAGAGGACCUUGACUCUCAGGUGGUAAGUAGUGAGUACACUCCACAGCCUGGGAAACUGAAAAGGCUGCACAGAAGAAUGCUUAUGUAUGUAUUUCUCCCGGGACAUACAGCAUUAGUUUCAAGUUUUAUUGUCACGUGCACAAGUACAGUGAAAUGCUUUUCUUGCAAGCUCUAAACCCAACAAUGCAGUAAUCAAUAUCAAUGUAGUACUAAAAAUAACAUAAGGUAGAACAAAAAGACACUAGAAAUAAGAAAGUAAAAAGCUAUAUACAGGGUGGUCAGUUCCAGUACCAUAUAUACAAUGUGAAGGGAUACUGGAGUAAUAUAGGUAGAUGUAUAGGGGUAAGGUGACAAGGCAUCAGGAUGUAUGACAGAGAGUAGUAGCAGCAUAAAUUAAGAUUGUAUGUUUGUGUCUGUUUAGAGUCAGUAUAAAUGUGUGUGCAUGUUAUGUGUGUGUUGUGGUGUCAGUGUGCGUGAGUGUGUAGAGUCCUGUGAGUGUUCAUAGACUGUGCAAAAAUAAAUGCAAGGGUCAACUCAGAUGGUCCCUGUAGCCAUUAAUUCAGAAGAAAGAGCGACAACUGUUAUGCUGACCUCAUCCUGUCUCAGCGCAUUGGGUGCACUGCUAAGGUGUUUGUUUACGUGUUUGUUUACCCUCUGCCUGUUGCCGUGGCAACAGUGAAACCACUAAAGGAAAGCGUUAGCAGAAGGGGUAGUGCAAGGAGAAGAGGGUGAUCCGUUGGUAUUCUGAGUUGAUUGUUGAGACGUCUGAGCUGAUGUGGGGUGAUGCGGAAGACGUCAGGGGGAAGCAGCUCAGACAGGACAGUGAUUGGUGGGGGAAAAAAGUGGCGGACGCCAGACGGUUCAGUGUGUGGUUGGGGUUAGGUUGGGGGUGGAACAGAACAGUGUAUACGUGACCCGUGGUUAGUCUGCGGCGCAGCACCACUGUUUGUUUUCUCAGUGUCUGCCUCUGGGCUGUAGUGCCAGGCUGCUCACUGUGGCAACAAUAGUGUUUGGAGCAGGGGUCCCAAGAGAAGCCACCUGACUUCCUGAUCUGCGGACACAACUUCCUGUCUGGACCAGGGGAGGGGACGGCCAUUUAUUUAUAACAGCCCUGCUUGAAAGAAGGGGGGAAAUUAUUCUAUGGCGAAAAGGUUCAGCUCCAUUUAUUUUCUUUAAUUAUUAUCAGCAUGUGUUUGAUGUUGGGGUUAGACAGGAUUUAACAUCUAGGAGAUGUUAACAAUGGAGGAAAUGGUGCUGGGGAUGAUCAUGAUUAUUAUUAUUGCAGCUGGGAUUGUUCUUAAGGUUGUGAAUUGACCCCAUGCAGUGAAGAUUUCCCCCUCAUGUAUCUCUUGCUUACUGUAAUGCCACUUCUGUGAGAACCACUUGUAUACUUCUUCUAACUUCCUUGGGCCAACAUGUUGGCUCAUUACCAUUAGGCUUAUAAAUAGUAUAAAGGGCUUGAACCUCAUUAAGACCAGUAGUUGACAUUACAUAUAUACAUUUACAUUUACAUUUUAGUCAUUUAGCAGACGCACUUAUCCAGAGCGACUUACAGUUAGUGAGUGCAUACAUUUUCAUACUGGCCCCCGUGGGAAUCGAACCCACAACCCUGGCGUUGCAAGCGCCAUGCUCUACCAACUGAGCUACACGGGACCAUAUAUAUGAUGUAGUAUGUACAGUAGCUCUGCAGUAGAAACUAGUGAUGGGGGGUAAUCGAUACAGUUACAUAUCGGGAUAUUAUUUUUGACGAUAUAUCAUAUUGACAAUAUCGCAAUAUUAUUUUUGCGCCAGUUGGCUGUACCUGCACCAAAACUCCAGUAUUUUUCCUUCAUAGCUUGUUCUCCAUCAUCCUUUUAAAUAGGGAACCAAUUUGUUUUCAGCACUUAUUUCCAUGACUGAUCAAAACUCGUUUUCUCAUGGGUCUAUCUUGGCCCUCUGCAGCAAAAUAUAGUGAGCAAUAUGUUUGGAACAUCGAAUCGCAAUAAAAUCACAGUAUCAAAUCGCAAUACAUAUAGAAUCGCAAUACAUAUCGUAUCGGCACCUAAGUAUUGUGAUAAUAUCGUAUUAUAAGAUCCCUGGCAAUUCCCAGCCCUAGUAGAAACAUCCUGUCUUUUCCUGUUUGGUUUAGGAUGCUGCCUCAGGUUGUGGCUCUAAUGAGUACGAGGAUGAUGAGGAUGAGGAGGAGCUGAAUUCCACAUCAGACAAGGGUGGAUCAGACCAGCGCUAUGAUGAGCACAUGGAUGAGGCAGAGGAAGGGGAGGGGUUAAAACGCUACCGGGAGGCUCGGGCCAAUGAGAUGUUCCCAGAUGAAGUGGACACACCUCUAGACCAAUCGGCUAAGAACAGGUGACUAUCGUAUCGUCUAUUACCAAACACACAGUGGCCCCUUACUUUUCCUUCAGUACAGUACAGCGGGGCUGUCUAAGCAAAAACAUUCAACCAAUCCUUGAAAAAGACAUGUAACAUCCACAUUAGACCCAUGGCUCACAUACAGGUAACUGACAAAAUAAAGUGUCUUAAUAGGGCGUUGGGCCGCCAGAACAGCUUCAGUGCCCCAUGGCAUAUAUUUUACAAGUGUCUGGAACUCUAUUGCAACACCAUUCUUCCUCGAGAAAUUCCAUAAUUUGGUGUUUUGCUGAUGGUGGUGGAACAUUUCCAGCUAGUGACUUCAUCCUGGCCUUUGGUCAAAGGGUCAAAGCACUCCAAGAUCUAACAUUUCCUUUAGCAACACUCAGGGGAAAGUCUGAGGGGGGAGGAAUGCACCAAACAUGUCUGAAACAUCUGGUCAUAUGUAAUAGACAAUGCCUUCGAGCCGUUAAUGCCCAAACUUUACUUUCCAGGAAGUCCUGGCCCAGCGUAAUUAUUUUGCUAUACGUUGACGUUGCUAAUUUCCUAUGUGCUCAGGUUCCAGCGUUACAGGGGCCUGAAGAGUUUCCGCUCCUCCCCCUGGGACCCCAUGGAGAACCUGCCUGCAGACUACUCCCACAUCUUCCAGUUUCAGAGCUUUGAGCGCACACGCCGCCGCAUACUGGCUGAGGCUGCGCAGGAGGAAGAGGGGGCAUGGUAAGAGGCUGCCGUGUGCGACAUCCUGUUUCAAUCCUGUCCCCUCUCUGUGCCCCCCAUCCAUUAACCGUGCUCUGCUUUCUAGGUGGGCUGGUAUGUGACCCUCCAUGUAGUGGAUGUUCCCCCCACGGUGAUGGAGAGUGUCCAGGCAGGCAGGCCUCUGGUGCUGGUCUUCUUACUGCCACAUGAACAGAAGGUAGACUGUAUUGGCAUACUCCUGAAUUAUUGUGUCCUAAGUCUGAAAGUUAAGAAUUGUAACCCAUUUCUGCUGUAAAAUGUUGGUAAAAGUGUAGACAAACUACAGAAUCAGAUAGAAAUUAUUAAUAUAUAUUUAUAUAUUAUAUAAAUUAUGAAUAUACACUAUAUAUACAAAAGGAUGUGGACACCCCUUCAAAUUAGUGGCUAUUUCGGCUAUUUCAGCCACACCCGUUACUGACAGGUGUAUAAAAUCGAGCACACAGCCAUGCAAUGUCCAUAGACAAACCUUGGCAGUAGAAUGGCCUUACUGAAUAACUCGGUGACUUUCAAUGUGGCACCGUCAUAGGAUACCACCUUUCCAAGAAGUCAGUUUGUCAAAUUUCUGCCCUGUUAGAGCUGCACCGGUCAACUGUAAGUGCUGUUCUUGUGAAGUGGAAACAUCUAGGAGCAACAACGGCUCAGCUGCGAAGUGGUAGGCCACACAAGCUCACAGAACGGGACCGUCAAGUGCUGAAGCACUGACCUCGGUUGCAACACUCACUACCGAGUUGCAAACUGCCUCUGGAAGUAACGUCAGCACAAUAACUGUUUGUCUGUAGCUUCAUGAAAUGGGUUUUCAUGACCGAGCAGCCGCACACAAGUCUAAGAUCACCACGCGCAAUGCCAAGCGUAGGCUGGAGUGGUGUAAAGUUCGCCACCAUUGGACUCUGGAUCAGUGGAAAUGCAUUCUCUGGAGUGAUGAAUCACACUUCACCAUCUGGCAGUCCGACGGACGAAUCUGGGUUCGGCGGAUGCCAGGAGAACGCUACCUAACCCAAUGCAUAGUGCCAACCGUAAAGUUUGGUGGAGGAGGAAUAAUGGUCUGGGGCUGUUUUUUAUGGUUUGGGCUAGGCCCCUUAGUUCCAGUGAAGGGAAAUCUUAACGCUACAGCAUACAAUGACAUUCUAGACGAUUCUGUGCUUCCAACUUUGUGGUAACAGUUUGGGGAAGGCCCCUUUUCUGUUUCAGCAUGACAAUACCAACGGGCACAAAGUGAGGUCCAUACAGAAAUGGUUUGUCAAGAUCUGUGUGGAAGAACUUGACUGGCCUGCACAGAGCCCUGACCUCAACCCAAUCAAAUACCUUUGGGAUGAAUUGGAACGCCGACUGCGAGGCCUAAUUGCCCAACAUCAGUGCCCGACCUCACUAAUGCUCUUGUGGCUGAAUGGAAACAAGUCCCCGCAGCAAUGUUCCAACAUCUAGUUGAAAGCCUUCCCAGAAUAAUAUAAUAAUAAUAUAAUAUAAUAUGCCAUUUAGCAGACGCUUUUAUCCAAAGCGACUUACAGUCGUGCGUGCAUACAUUUUUGUGUAUGGGUGGUCCCGGAGAUCGAACCCACUACCUUGGCGUUACAAGCGCCGUGCUCUACCAGCUGAGCUACAGAGGACCAGAAGAGUGGAUGCUGUUAUUGCAGCAAAGGGGGGACCAACUCCAUAUUAAUGUCCAUGAUUUUGGAAUGAGAUGUUCGACGAGAAGGUGUUCACAUACUUUUGGACUUGUGUGUGUGUAUAUAGAUAGAUAGAUAGAUAGAUAGAAAUGAUAAUUCUAACAACCUAAUGGUCUUAUUAACACAAUUGUUCGUUAGAAACUAUUGACGUGACGUGCCUUUCAUUAUUGUGAUGACUAUUAUUUAUCGAAUAAUUACCGAAAUAAUGUUUAAUUGUUAAUAGAUUAAAUUAAUAAUGUAACAAUUAACUCAUUAGGAAUUUGGGGCACCACGGGAAAAGUUGUUUAACGGGUUGCGGUUUCCCGAAUUAACUCUAAAGAUAUCUAGAUAUCUUAUCAUUUAACAGUCAUUUAUUAAUCAUUUACCUCAUAUCAGUCUCAUUCUGAAAGUCGUAGGCUCUUUAAGUCUGUACGAACCCGGGUCUUACUGAUCAUUCCGUACCACACACAUUUAUUUAAUUAUGUAUUUACUAACUAAUUAAAAAUGAUAACACAAGAUACAAACACAUACAGGGUAUAGGUAGGGAUUAAAAAACGUAAUACAAUGAAAACGGGUCCCUAGCGGACUAACACAAUAUGACAUUUGUUACAAAAGAUGGCGAGUUAAAGAGAGAGAGAAAAACACUUGGAUACACAUGGACCUACGCUCAUAGUAAUCCUAAUACUUUGCCCAGAACUUCCGCCCGUUUGGUAAGAAGUAAUGCAUGUAUUUACGUGUUUGUCUUUGUCGUCUCUGUUGGACCCAGGCCUUCGUGGGAAGGGUGGGCCUUCUCUUUUCAGAUGGCCUUUUAGAUGUAAGGCUCAGAUUGUCCACAAGAGGUCACAAUGUCCUUCUUCUUAGUAAUCUGUUUACUUUCACUCGUUCUGGAAGUGGUCUUCUGAGGAUGGCUAAGCAGCCGUGUCGAUGAUCCCCAUGUGGGGUGAUGAGAGCAGUGUAGUAGACGAUGGUUUGAAGAGAGUAACAGGAUGGUACUCCUGAGUGGCGCAGUGGUCUAAGGCACUGCAUCGCAGUGCUAACUGUGCCACUAGAGAUCCUGGUUCGAAUCCAGGCUCUGUCGCAGCCGGCCGUGACCGGGAGACUCACGGGCGGCGCACAAUUGGCCCAGCGUUGUCCAGGGUAGGGGAGGGAAUGGCCGGCAGGGAUGUAGCUCAGUUGAUAGAGCAUGGCGUUUGCAACGCCAGGGUUGUGGGUUCGAUUCCCACUGGGGGCCAGUAUAAAAAAAAAAUAUAUAUAUAUAUGUAUUCACUAACUGUAAGUCGCUCUGGAUAAGAGCGUCUGCUAAAUGACUAAAACGUAAACGUAAAACGUCCCACUUAAAUUCACCUUCUUAGAUACAGUACUUAGAACAGCUACUCAGCCGUAACAUUGAUUGUUAGUGGAGGCAACUUUGUCGUCUUCACCUCGUGUUGAUUUUCAGGGUCGGGACCAAUAUGGACAACCGCUGCAGCUUGAGGUCCGUCUAGUCUGAUCUGAUAAUUCUUAUCUCAGUCUUUUAUGCACUCUGGUAAAGAGGGGCGUUUCCGUCAUGCUGACACGCUCUCUGAGCUCCCUCGGUGUGGCGUGGCUAGUUAUGAGGCAAAAGUAUUAUUAUCACUAUGAUUUUGUUAGAAAGCUAAAGUCACAUUCCUAUCUUCAGGAAGACAUUGUCUUCCUCCUUGAUAUUUUCUACCCAAGGUAAAGGAUGUAAGCCUGAUAUACACAGUGUAAAAGCUCUUCAAGUCACAAUGUUUUAGUUAUAACGCCUUUAUACAGUGGGGAAAAAAAGUAUUUAGUCAGCCACCAAUUGUGCAAGUUCUCCCACUUAAAAAGAUGAGAGAGGCCUGUAAUUUUCAUCAUAGGUACACGUCAACUAUGACAGACAAAAUGAGAAAAAAAAAUCCAGAAAAUCACAUUGUAGGAUUUUUAAUGAAUUUAUUGGCAUAUGAUGGUGGAAAAUAAGUAUUUGGUCAAUAACAAAAGUUUCUCAAUACUUUGUUAUAUACCCUUUGUUGGCAAUGACACAGGUCAAACGUUUUCUGUAAGUCUUCACAAGGUUUUCACACACUGUUGCUGGUAUUUUGGCCCAUUCCUCCAUGCAGAUCUCCUCUAGAGCAGUGAUGUUUUGGGGCUGUCGCUGGGCAACACAGACUUUCAACUCCCUCCAAAGAUUUUCUAUGGGGUUGAGAUCUGGAGACUGGCUAGGCCACUCCAGGACCUUGAAAUGCUUCUUACGAAGCCACUCCUUCGUUGCCCGGGCGGUGUGUUUGGGAUCAUUGUCAUGCUGAAAGACCCAGCCACGUUUCAUCUUCAAUGCCCUUGCUGAUGGAAGGAGGGUUUCACUCAAAAUCUCACGAUACAUGGCCCCAUUCAUUCUUUCCUUUACACGGAUCAGUCGUCCUGGUCCCUUUGCAGAAAAACAGCCCCAAAGCAUGAUGUUUCCAACCCCAUGCUUCACAGUAGGUAUGGUGUUCUUUGGAUGCAACUCAGCAUUCUUUGUCCUCCAAACAUGACGAGUUGAGUUUUUACCAAAAAGUUAUAUUUUGGUUUCAUCUGACCAUAUGACAUUCUCCCAAUCCUCUUCUGGAUCAUCCAAAUGCACUUCAGACGGGCCUGGACAUGUACUGGCUUAAGCAGGGGGACACGUCUCGCACUGCAGGAUUUGAGUCCCUGGCGGCGUAGUGUGUUACUGAUGGUUGGCUUUGUUACUUUGGUCCCAGCUCUCUGCAGGUCAUUCACUAGGUCCCCCCGUGUGGUUCUGGGAUUUUUGCUCACCGUUCUUGUGAUCAUUUUGACCCCACGGGGUGAGAUCUUGCGUGGAGCCCCAGAUCGAGGGAGAUUAUCAGUGGUCUUGUAUGUCUUCCAUUUCCUAAUAAUUGCUCCCACAGUUGAUUUCUUCAAACCAAGCUGCGUACCUAUUGCAGAUUCAGUCUUCCCAGCCUGGUGCAGGUCUACAAUUUUGUUUUUGGUGUCCUUUGACAGCUCUUUGGUCUUGGCCAUUGUGAAGUUUGGAGUGUGACUGUUUGAGGUUGUGGACAGGUGUAUUUUAUACUGAUAACAAGUUCAAACAGGUGCCAACAGAGGAGCCUCUGAAAGAAGAAGUUACAGGUCUGUGAGAGCCAGAAAUCUUGCUUGUUUGUAGGUGACCAAAUACUUAUUUUCCACCAUAAUUUGCAAAUAAAUUCAUUAAAAAUCCUACAAUGGGAUCUUCUGGAUUUUUUUUCCUCAAUUUGUCUGUCAUAGUUGACGUGUACCUAUGAUGAAAAUUACAGGCCUCUCUCAUCUUUUUAAGUGGGAGAACUUGCACAAUUGGUGGCUGACUAAAUACUUUUUUUCCCCACUGUACAAUUUUUAAUGACACCACAAAAUAUACAUUAAUUUUACAUAUUCCAUUUCUCAUCAUUCCCAACGUUUGGAUGUUGAAAUAUAUUGUCCCAAUAUUCAUUGUUGGAUGUUUUGGGCGGCAAAAGUCUCUGAAACAAAGGACAGUCCUCUCACCAUACUAGAGGGCCAGAAAUAGAUUCUCCUAUUUCUAAUUUAUGGCAGUAUUAAGGUGUCAACACCGGCACAGCCCCCCCCCCCCCCCUUUGAUCCUGACCCAGGAAGAGUCAUGACACUAUUCUUCCAGCUCCUUACCCCUUGGUCCUAUUUGUAAGUCGCUCUGGAUAAGAGCGUCUGCUAAAUAACGUAACGUAAACGUUUCUUUCCAUCCUGUGUGAUCAGAUGUCAGUGAUGCACAUGCUGGUGAGGAGACACCCCAGCAACACAGACCCUAUCAAGUCUAAAAGAAGCUGGUGUUCCACUGUGGAUUCAGGAGGUUCAGGGCCUGCCCCAUCUUCUCCCAGCACACAUCAGGUAGGGGGAUCUGGCUAAACUGCACCAUUUAUGUCUUGAACAAAAAUGGUCUAUUGAAUAAAAAGUAUGGCAAAUAUGCUGACACUGUGGGGACUGGAGUAUUGUGUUUUGGCUAGCUUUCAGCACUUUAGCGUUAACAAAGCAAGUGAUGGAACCAUGUAUUUUAUCUGCUUCAUGUCUACAGUCAGUGUUAGGCUCAGUGUUGUAUCUAACCUGUGAUUGUCUCUCUCUCCAGCCAACAAGCACAAGCUGGAGCGUUUCCUUCGUGUCGACGCCCCCACGGUGGUUUCUGUGUACGCCCCCAUUACAUUCCCAACUGCUGGGGUACUGCUCUUCAGACAGAGGGAGGAUGGUAAGGGCCUGGAUAGAGUGAUGUUUGGCUGAAUUAGUAUGUCUCUACCUGUUUGAGGAUGGGGAAAGCCAGAGGAACACACUGCCUUUCUUUGCUUCUGUGUCCAUAUGAAAGUCUGUGUAUCUGAUGUGUGGCUGAAUUAGUGUCUCUACCUGUAUUUGAGCCUGUAUCUCUCCUGUUCUCUCCACCCAGGCAUGCAGGACCUGGUGGGUACAGGCAGUCUGCUGAGCUGUGACCCCCAGCAUGUGGUGCUGAAGAGGAUCGUGUUGAGUGGACACCCCUUCAAGAUCAACCGCCGGUCCGCUGUCUGCAGAUACAUGUUCUUCAACAGGGGUGAGGGGUCACUGAGCUGGGCACUACAUGUUUCCCAAUAAUACCCACAUAACUUCUCACAGUCUGUGUCACAAAUGGCACCCCAUUCCUUUUAUAGUGCACUACUAAAAGUGGAGAAUAGGUGCCAUUUGGCCCACAACUCCUCAGUCGUACUACCAAUGUGGCGAUGAAGGAAAUGGCUCUGACUCAUCUGUGGUUUUCAUUAUUUCUUUUCAUUUUAACUGACCUCUGUGCUCUUUUAUCUCUGAUAGAUGACAUCCUGUGGUUUAAGCCUGUUGAGCUGAGAACCAAGUGGGGCCGGAGAGGACACAUCAAGGAGGCCCUAGGUACGGAGAAAACCUAAACCUUGUCAAUACUGUUUAGUGACAUGAAACAAUGUGUAACCUUCAUUGAGAAAUUGUUUGAAUACCUUACCUAAACCUGUAUGUGGGUAUUUCUUUUCAGGUACUCAUGGACACAUGAAGUGUGUAUUUGACAGCCAGAUGCGGUCUCAGGAUACUGUCAUGAUGAACCUGUAUAAGAGGAUCUACCCUCGCUGGACGUAUGACCCCUAUGUGCCUCUGCCCCUGCCCUGGGUCAAGGGAGAAGGGACUCGGGUGCCAGAUGAUUUUGACAUGGAGUAGGUGGUGGUCUGUUGCAAGAAGUGUGCUAUAUGGGUGUUGGAGUCUGUAGAGAUGGACUUACAUGGACUGUGGCGAUGACAUUUUCACUCCAAGAGAUGGAUUUCCAUUUGUAUUAAAUAAAACCAAUUAGACCAAAUCACUUGUUUGUCUUUAUUUCAUUAGAAAACGUCCUUGUGGUCCAGUUAGUUCAUUUACUGGCCAUUAGAUGGCAACAGUGUAUAAGAGGAAACAGGCUUUUUGUUGCAGUGACUGAUAACAGGGUGGAACUGAAUUCACUGAUUAUCUGAGAGCCAUGUCCCUGUUCUCAAACACAAAUAACUUGAUCAAACAUGAAGACAAUGUUGAGGCAUAAUCAGAGAGAGCAUGUUCAGAUCAAUAAUACUGUUGUACAGAUUCCAUUCUCAACUUCAACAUGUUUGGCACAUUAAUUAUCACAACUUUGGAUAAACUAGCUUGCCUUUCCUAUUUAGGUCCAUUGGUCCAUCACUCUUUCCACUGCCAUUCCUUUGGGUCUUUGCAUUUUAUUCCCCUAUUGUAAUCGUUGUUUUUUUCUUAAUUAUAUGCAGAUAGUGUACAUUGCUGAUGAAACUGGAAGAAAAAAAUAAUGUGUGCCUCUUUAAUUAAUUUGAUUGAAAAGGUUUAUUCUAAACACUUGGUCGACUGCUUAUAUCCCCCACACUAGCUACUGUCUCAGACCUUUACAUAGUGCACCCCCCCCACACACACACACACUCCCUGGUGGCAGUCAGACUGAAGCAGAGAGCGCGUGACCCCAUGUUGUUCUCUCUCUGGAUCUCCAAUGCUCAACAGUUUUACAUCCCUCCCCAUCCCCAUCCCAUGCUUUGUGCUCCUCUGAGAAACAGUGAUUUAUGAAUUGUAAUAUUUAUCAUAAAACUGCGCUCUUGCAUGCUCGCAGCGCCAUGAUUCAUCCGGGGUCUCUGUUGGGACUGCACCAAAAGAGGCAUGCCAAUAUGUCUGGGAAACUAGAAGGUGAAGACUUGGGGUUGGAGGAGCGGAACAUGAUCCAAGAAAUGGAGGGGAUCAAAAGUUCACUGUACAUUUCUUCAUACUGCGAAUUUGAUUACAGUGUGGAAAAAGUUGAAAAAUAAAGAUAAAAC